AUGAAGCACUCAAGCGAAACUCAUGGUAACGAGGAUGUUCACGACGAAUUCUCAGCCGCACUCCAUCGAUUAAACACAACAUCUCCACGACAGGAUCAGAGGCCUCAAAAAAGGGUGAUCCCGAUCAGAAGGACGACCUCCGUUGACACUGGAAAUCAAGAGUCGCCGUUUCCUUUUUUACCUACUACCGACCAAGCGCUGCGGUCGGGCAGUGAUCCUACCAGUCCGGCUCCGUACCAGACGGAAAAUCCCGAUGAUGACUCUCCGUGGCUGAAGGAUGCGUUCGAGUUAGGAUGGCUCACAGAUGAUGCAAAACGAAAACGCCACAAACCACCACGUGAAGAGGGUAGAACUGUUUCUGAGCGUUUCCGCUUGGCUCAUGACUAUGAUCCUCAACGUGACUACAAUAGUGUGUGCGACUGCACCAACUGCAGGAAUGAGAGAAAGAACCGAUCAGAACAGAACCUCUGCGACUGUUAUGAGUGCAUUAUGGCUCUUCGUAAUGGCGUUGUUUUGCCAACAUGUGAAGAACGCGAAAAAAAAGCGCAAACACCUCCUGCUCCCGGAGAAACAGACGUGGAAGCACCCAAAGAAGAGCCCAGAGAAGCGCCAAGAGAACGCGCCAAGGGUAGCUUCCCAUGGGUGAAACGCCUCGUGAAAACGCAACAACCAGAUAAAGCCAAUCAACCACCAAAGAAGAAGGAAUCCAAAGAAAAGCCCAAGGAAGCUCCACCGAAGAAGGGAUCCUAUUUCAAUAACUUACUCAAGAAAACAGGAAAGCCAGACCAAAAACAGUCGACAAGCUCGCAAAGUGGUACAAACACGACUACUGCAAGCGCUGCUACUCCGAGUAAGAGUACUAACCAAACACCGAAAAGCGCUACACCGCUUACUUCUAGUAAGGCCACGCCAAAUAGCAGAAUUCAGUCUGGGAAGGACCAGAAAGCGACCAAGACGUCAAACGCUAAGGCUGCAAAGCCACCUCCAGCUCCAGCAAAGAAGUGA